AUGAAAACUAAAAUAGUCCAAAAUAUAAUAGCAACAUCAUCUAAGAUUUCUAUUCUUAUAGAUGAAUCCACUACUGUUAGUUCUUUAUCAGGUAUGGUGGUUUAUGUUAAAGCAUCAAUAUUAAAUUCAGAACCUGUUUUUUCAUUUUUGGAUUUGGUAGAAUUAAAAAGUCAAACAGCUUCUAACAUAGACAACCAAUUAAUAGAAUGUCUUCAUACUUCUGGAUUCACAGAGAAUUUUUUGGUAGAACAUUGGGUAUCAUUUGUAACGGAUGGAGCUAGCUAUUCUUUAUAUUCUUUAUACAGUAGAUCUCCAAAAAAUCAAAUUGAGUUAAGAGAACACUGCACAAGUCUAAAUGAAUUUUUUUUAAAAAUUGGAAAAGUUCUUGAUGUUCGCUGGGUAGCAAGUAGUUUUAGAACAAUUAGUGUAAUUUGGAAAAUAUAUCCAGCAUUGUAUAAUCAUCUUGUUCAAGCCUCUAAAGAUACACUUCGUGAUAGUAAAACGAAAUCUAAGUACAGUGGGCUAAGUAAGCGUUUGGGAUGUAUACAAUUCUUGUUAGACUUAGCCUUAAUGUGUGAUAUUUUAUUUGAAAUAUCACAAUUAUCUCUUGACUUACAAAAACAAGAUAUGUCACUAUUACAAGCUGAUGUACUAAUUAGAAGAACAAUUAGAGUUAUUGAGUCAUUGAAAACCAUGGAUGGUAAAUAUUAUUCGGAAGCUGUUAAAGCAAAAGAAAAAUUGAUGUUUAAAACUGUUGUUUUAUCUAGUAAUGAAAAGAUAAAUAAGAACCAAUUUAUAACAAGUGUUGUGAAUAAUUUAAAUAUGAGACUUAUACCAAAUGAAGAAGUUGAUAUACGCUUUGGGGAAAAAGAAAUACAACGUAUAUGUAACAGAUUUUGUAUUAAUGAAGUAAAGUCGUUAAAAGGAUUGCGAAUCUAUGUUGAUGAAAAUGAUAAAGUAGAUGAUAUAACCUUAAUAGAAGAACUUAAGGACAUAAAUAUUUUAAUUAAGACAUUCCCAUGCUCAACAGCAGAGUGUGAACGUGGGUUUAGUCUUAUGAACAAUAUAUACUAUGUUGAAAGUUGGUUAACCUCGCAUAGAGAUGCUGAUGACGAUAGGUCAAGAAAAGUUGCCACUACAGUCCCAAACCAAGACCUAAAAUCCAAAUUAUGGGAAUUACUUUAA